AUGCAAGCGAUUGCCGACAGUUUGAGCUCAAAAAGUGCUCUGGUCUCCGCAUUACAGUACGAUAAAGAAGAGAACUUAAACAACGAUUUCAUCACUGGGAAUGGACUUUUUCGGCAACUGGCACCUCAAAUCGCGGUACCACCUAUUUCUACCCCGCAAGAGUUUCUCAGAGCACACACGGAUGAUUCUCAAAACCCAGAUUGUAAAAUAAAGAUUGCACACGGUACAACAACGCUAGCGUUCAGAUUUCAAGGCGGGAUCAUCGUAGCGGUGGAUUCUCGUGCAACGGCGGGGCAAUGGAUUGCGUCUCAAACCGUGAAAAAAGUGAUCGAAAUCAACCCAUUUCUACUAGGAACCAUGGCUGGUGGUGCAGCAGAUUGUCAGUUUUGGGAAACCUGGUUGGGCACGCAAUGCAGAUUGCACGAACUCAAGGAAAAGGAACGCAUAUCUGUAGCAGCAGCGUCUAAAAUACUGGGCAAUUUGGUAUACGAAUACAAAGGCGCGGGCUUAUCCAUGGGAACGAUGAUUUGCGGACAUACUAAGAAAGAGGGCCCCACGAUUUACUACGUUGAUUCCGAUGGCACUAGAAUGAAGGGAGAUGUGUUUUGUGUGGGAUCGGGUCAAACUUUCGCGUAUGGUGUUCUGGAUUCCAAUUACAAAUGGGACCUAACUGUGGAGGAUGCCUUAUACCUAGGGAAACGUUCGAUCCUUGCUGCGGCACAUAGAGACGCUUAUUCCGGUGGAUCUGUCAACCUGUAUCAUGUAACGGAACAAGGAUGGGUGUAUCACGGAAACCAUAAUGUCGACGCCCUUUUCUGGGAGAUUAAACAGAAAGAGGGUUCCUUCAACAACGUCAUCGGUUAG